AUGCCGAAGCCGCCGUUGCUGCUGCGGGGGAGCCGCCCCGGGGACAGCGAGCUGGGGCGGCAGUUCCGGGACUGGUGUUUGCGCACCUACGGGGACUCGGCCAAAACCAAGACGGUGACCCGGAGCAAGUAUCAACGAAUCGCCGAGGUGCUGCAGGGGGGAUCCGGCUCCGGUGGCGGCUCCGGCGGGGGGGAGAAAGGCAAGUUCCAGUUCUGGGUCCGGUCCAAGGGCUUCCGCCUGGGAAACGGCACCAGGGAGGCGACGAAGAUGGGUCAAGUGGUGGUAUAUGUGCCGGUGAAAACGGGAACGGGGGCAGAUGGACUGUCGGAGCCCGAGGGCAUCUCUCUGAAACGCGUGGCAGUGGUGGAAGAUUUCUUUGACAUCAUCUACUCCAUGCAUGUGGAGAGCUCGUCGGAGCCGGGCAAAGCACCCAAACAUGCGGGGCAGAAGAAAACCUACCGAGCGAUCGCAGAGACCUACGCUUUCCUGCCCAGGGAGGCUGUGACCAGGUUCCUGAUGAGCUGCACCGAGUGCCAGAAGAGGAUGCACUUCAACUCCAACGGCCUGGAGCCCAAAGAGAGUGAACCACCUUCCUCCUUGGUUUCUGGGAUCAUUGACUACAACAUGCCCCUCACCUCCACCUACCUGAAGCAGAUGAAGCUGCGGGUGAUGAACUCUCAGGAGCAGGAUGAGACCUCGGUGAGCAGCGAGGACUUUGAUAUGAACGACUCCACAUGGAUCUCAGCUGACCAGCACCUGAACUCCAGCCUGAGCCCCAGCCAGGACGAGAGCAUGCGCAGCCCUCAGCCCCUGCCUGGCCAUGAGGACGAUGACUCCUCGUCAGAGAGCUGCAGCGGGAAUGGUUCCUCCACCCUGAACCCCUCCACCUCCAGCAGCACGCAGGGCGACAGCAGCUUCCCCGAGAUGAACGGCAAUGGCCCCGCGGCCCCCAUGGACUUCACGGCAGCGGCCGACGAGCAGCCGAUCAACCUCUGCGACAAGCUGGCCCCUGCCCACCCCACCCCCUCCUACCCCCCGGACGGCUGCAGCGCCGACGGCCUGCGCAGCAGGGUCAAGUACGCCGUGAAGAGCACCGCAGAGUCCCCCCCAUACAGCUCUGGAAGCUACGACUCCAUCAAGACAGAGGUCAGCGGCUGCCCGGAGGACCUGACCGUGGGCAGGGCCCCCACGGCUGAUGAAGAUGACGAUGACCACGAUGACCACGAAGACAACGACAAGAUAAAUGACUCGGAGGGGAUGGACCCCGAGAGGCUAAAAGCCUUCAAUAUGUUUGUGCGCCUUUUCGUGGAUGAGAACCUGGACAGGAUGGUUCCCAUCUCCAAGCAGCCCAAGGAGAAGAUCCAGGCCAUCAUCGAGUCCUGCAGCAGGCAGUUCCCCGAGUUCCAGGAGCGGGCACGGAAGCGCAUCCGCACCUACCUCAAGUCCUGCCGCCGCAUGAAGAAGAACGGCAUGGAGAUGACCAGACCCACACCACCACACCUGACCUCAGCCAUGGCGGAGAACAUCCUGGCUGCUGCCUGUGAGAGCGAAACGCGGAAGGCAGCCAAGAGGAUGCGGCUGGAGAUCUACCAAACGUCCCAGGACGAACCGAUUGCUCUGGACAAGCAGCACUCCAGAGACUCCACAGCCAUCACCCACUCCUCCUACUCACUGCCAGCUUCAUCCUACUCCCAAGACCCAGUCUACAUCAACGGCAGCCUCAACUACAGCUACCGUGGCUACGGGUCCCUGGGGGGCAGCCUGCAGCCCCCUGCCUCCCUCCAGACAGGCAACCACAGUAACGGUCCGACCGAUCUCAGCAUGAAAGGUGGGGCCUCCAGCACGGCGCCCUCCAACAGCACCAGCAGGGGGAUGCAGGCUGCGCAGCUCAGCCCCACGGAGAUCAGCGCCGUGCGGCAGCUGAUCGCCGGCUACCGAGAGUCGGCGGCAUUCCUGCUGCGCUCCGCAGACGAACUGGAAAACCUCAUUUUGCAGCAGAACUGA